UUAACUAUAAUAAUUUACCUGAUUAGCAGCCGAUUAGAAUCCCCAAAGAUAUCUCCCAUAUCUACACAACUUCACUUGGUCAAAGCAACUACUUUGAAAAGUCUGAUGUUCAGCUUUUAUAAAUACAUGUAACCAUUUCUACUGUACUGUUUCACUUUCGUCGUUAACCACCAUUUCUUCAAAUCUUUUCAUCAAUGGCUACGGAAGCUGAUGUGGCCUCUGCUUUGGAUCAGAUUAAGCUCCAUUUACUCGGCGAUCUUCUUUCACCUGUUGCUCCAUCUUCCUCAAAUUCAAAUAUUUCUAGCUCUCAAUGCCAAUAUGAAACUAAACCUCAAAUUAUCAACUUUACUACUGAUUCAACCAUUGUCAGUUUUGAAUUUAAUUCAAAACCUCAGUUCGUUUCUCAAUCCAACAACCAAUUGGAAACGAAGCCUUCGAUUAAUAGAAAACCGUCACUUCAGGUUUCGAUACCCGGAAAGACAGAAUGGAUUCAUUUCUCUGAACCGGAUCAGAAGCCGGUUCGAGUUGAGGAAAUAAUGCAUUACAGAGGAGUCCGACGGAGGCCUUGGGGCAAAUAUGCAGCGGAGAUUCGAGACCCGACCCGGAAAGGCACUCGGUUGUGGCUGGGGACCUUUGACACGGCUAUUGAAGCUGCUAAAGCUUAUGAUAGAGCUGCAUUCAAGCUGCGCGGCUCUAAAGCUAUUUUAAACUUUCCGUUGGAGGCUGUGAGGUGUAUCACACGCGCUGAGAAGGAAAGUGAACGGAAACGAGAAAGGGAGAGUGAGAUUAAAGAGAGGGAAACGAAGAAGAGUAAGGUCGUUAAAAGUGAAGGAGUUGAUACGGAAACGGAGUUUGCAUUGACGCCGUCGAGUUGGAUGGCGUUGAACGAGAUAUUUGAGGUUGCGCCUUUGUCUCCGUUAUCUCCACAUCCAUCGUUAGGGUAUCCUCAGCUUGUGGUUUUAUGACUUAUAUAUAGUUGGUUUUGUUAUGCUUCUUUUUUUAUAUUUACACAUACGUAUCAAUGGAUUUUGGAAUUUUUUUAUGAA